AUGAGGAUACCCCAGAGGGCAGUUGGUAAGGCGAUUGGCCGUGGAGGAGAGACCAUCAAAAGGUUGAAGGACGAGCUCAGUACAUUCAUUCAAGUUGACCAGACUACUUCCGAUCAAGGUUUUAGCACUUUCAAAAUCAGUGGUCCUACUGCUGAUUCUGUUGAGGCUGCGAUAUCUCAUUUAAAGGGAGUCGUCCUAUCAUGUGAACCGUGUGAGUGUCUAUAUCCUGAUGAUGUUGAAGAGGAAGUAGAAGUGCCCGCUGAUAAGGUCGGGACUGUCAUCGGCCCCCAAGGGUGCGUGCUUGAUGAGGUCCGUCGCCGCAGCGGCUGCCGAGUCCAGCUGCAGCCCGUCGAGAUGGAGGAUGGGAGUCCUCGCUCGGCUAAGGUCGUUGGCACAGCUGAUGCGGUGCGUGUCUGUGUGGACCUCCUCAACGAUGUUAUAAGUGGUGCCUUCGAUGUGAGCUCAGUGAUCAACCGUCAAAAGGCUCACUACCAACGUCUCAAGUCGGGCACUUUGGGUGGUGGUAAAGGCAAAGGCAAAGGCAAAGGGAAAGGUGGUGGUGGCGGCGGCGGCUAUUGGAAUGCUAAUAAUUCGGCUGCUGCUGGUGGUCCUGGUGGGACUGCUAUGGGAGGCCCUGGUAAUGGUGGUAAUAUGGUGGGCCAGCAGAAUCUCAACUACCCUACGAGUAUGGGCGGCUUUGUCCCACCCCAAGUUAUGUAUUCACCACAGAUGUUCGCCGCAGCUAGUCAAGGGAUGCUAUCACCACACAUGUCAGCCACAGCUAGUGGGCCUAUUCCACCUUAUUUAAUGUCGAUGUUUACCGGUUAUCAACAACCACAGCAACAACAGAGUCCUAGUGGGGGUCCUGGGAUAUCGGCUGCUGAGUUGACGAGGCAGAUGCAGCAAGGGUCUGCUACACAGUCGGCUAGUGGUGGGACUGCUGCUGGUGCUGCUAGCAAUAACAAUCAGUAUUUGCAACAACAGCCACCGAUGAAUAUGCCUAUAUCACCCCAAGGUAUCAUAACACCCCAGCAGGUCGUGGCUGUCCACCAGACUCUAUGGCGUGGCCAACAACAACAACAACAGCAGCAGCAGAAUGAAGCGGCCCCUGAGGUGUCUGAUACAUCAACUCCUACUAUGAGUAACAAUAAUAACGAGGAGGGAGGCCAGGCCGAGCGUUCGUAA